AUGGAGUACGGCGUCGCCGGCGACUACGGGUACGGGUACGACGACCAGCAGGAUCCGCCGUCGUCCGGGGACGGGGACGAGUACGCGACGGUGCUGUCGGCGCCGCCGAAGCGCCCCGCGGGGCGGACCAAGUUCCGGGAGACGCGGCACCCGGUGUACCGCGGCGUGCGGCGGCGCGGGCCGGCGGGGCGGUGGGUGUGCGAGGUCCGCGAGCCCAACAAGAAGUCCCGCAUCUGGCUCGGCACCUUCGCCACCGCCGAGGCCGCCGCGCGCGCGCACGACGUCGCCGCGCUCGCGCUCCGCGGGCGCGCCGCCUGCCUCAACUUCGCCGACUCCGCGCGCCUGCUCCGCGUCGACCCCGCCACGCUCGCCACCCCCGACGACAUCCGACGCGCCGCCAUCCAGCUCGCCGAGGACUCGUCGGCCUCCUCGUCGUCCGCGCAGCAGGGCGCCGCCGUGCCCGCGGCGUCAACGUCCAUCACCCAGGCCUCGCCCGCGCCCUCGUCGUCGUCGUCGGCGGCGGCGUCGUACCAGGCGGACGCCGCGGCCGCAAUGUACGGCGGCGAGUACGCGUACGGUGCCGGCAUGGAGUUGGACCACUCGUAUUACUACGACGACGGGAUGGUGUGCGGGAACGACUGGCAGAGCGGCGGCAGCGGGUGGCAUACCAAUAUGGACGGCGACGACGACGGCGCCGGGUGCGCCGGCGACAUGACGCUCUGGAGCUACUACUGA